UGAGGGUGAGUUACCCACCCCAGCUCUGAGAGUGCCCAGAAAUGAUAAGGAAUGUGAUGCUACAUAGAAAUGUCCCAAUUCCCCAUUUAUUUCCCUAUAGUUUCCUUCUCUUUAUUGCACCAACCUCCCAUCUGUAUAUCUAUUUACCCAGUACAGCUGCCAGUUAGUGAGGAUAAAGUCAUCCUACAGGCGCCCCCUGGUGCCCAUGAGGGGGAGGAGCUGACUCUCAGAUGUUACACUCGCCCUGAACAUAAAACAACAAACACAACAGUUUUUUACAGGAACAAUUCAAUCAUUAGGCCCCUGGGCUCAGACUCCCUUGUGCUUGGGGGGGCACAGACCAACAUGUCGGGGCCAUACAGCUGCCAAACAAAGUUACAUGAUAAGUCUCAGGGUGUCAGUAAUCCUUACACAUCUGCUGAGGAACAUCUUUCAGUCACAGAGCUGUUCAGUUCCCCACAAAUAAAAGUGAGUUCAGAUCAGGUAAGAGAAGGAGAUCACAUGACCAUAACAUGUGACACCGAGCUCAGCCCACACAGAGAGACUACAGAGCUGCAGUUUGCUUUCUACAGAAAUGGGCACAAUGUGCAGGGAUUCAGUUUAUCCAACCAAUAUGGAGUCCCCUCAGCUCAGCUGGAGGAUUCUGGGAAUUAUACCUGUGAGGUACAAACUCCAACCGGCAGUGUGAGGAAGAGGAGCAGAGAGGAACAUAUACAGAUACAGGAGCUGUUCAGUACCCCACAAAUAAGAGUGAGUGCAUAUCAGGUGACAGAAGGAGAUCACAUGACCAUAACAUGUGACACAAAGCUCCGCCCACACAGAGAGACUACAGAGCUGCAGUUUGCUUUCUACAGAAAUGGGCACAAUGUGCAGGGAUUCAACUCAUCCAAGCAAUAUGGAGUCCCCUCAGCUCAGCUGGAGGAUUCUGGGAAUUAUACCUGUGAGGUACAAACUCCAACCGGCAGCAUUAAGAAGAAUAGCAAUGUGACACAUAUCCGCAUACAAGAGCUGUUCAGUGCCCCACAAAUAAAAGUGAGCCCAGAUCAGAUGACAGAAGGGGAUCACAUGACCAUAACAUGUGACACAAAGCUCAGCCCACACAGAGAGACUACAGAGCUGCAGUUUGCUUUCUACAGAAAUGAGACAAAAGUACAAGAAUUCAGUAGAUUUUAUGAAUACAAAAUACUUUCAUUUGCGCUGAAUUAUUCUGGGAAUUAUACCUGUGAGGUACAAGCACUAAAUGGCAGGGUGAGGAAGAGGAGCGGCGUGUUUAGAAUCUAUCAAAACCAUGAGCAUAAUAAUGAUAAAGAUACGAUUCCAUUAAUGCUGAUUAUAGGUGGUGCAGUAGCACUGGUUGUGUUGUUAUCACUGCUCAUUGUUGCUCUCUGUAUCCUGAAGUCCAAACACAAACAACAUCGGACACAGAGCAGCCGGCGUGCAACUCUCUCGGAACCAGGAGAAACCAACUUGGAAGAGGAGGUGUGUUAUAUCUCCAUUAACUUUAAUCGGCAGCCUAAAGGUCACUCAGCUGCGCAAAAUAAUGAUGAUGGAAAUAAUGUUAUUUAUGCUGCAGUGAGGGGAAAUGAUACAGGGAAUGCACAGGCUGGUUAUAAACAGGCUCAGAGAGAAAACUCAGUUGUUUAUGCUGCUUUGAAAACUCCAGAAAGAAACAAAAACAAUCGAGAACGCAGGAAUAUCCCCCAGGAUGAGAACUGUGUUUAUGCCUUGGUGAAGAAGAGAUGAAUCAAGAGCCCAUUGGCUGUUGGAUAUGUAGCCUCCUGGACCUAUUAGGACUAUUCCUAUAGUCGAAAAUAACAUGAAAUAAUCACAAUAGCAGUGUUCUACAACAUUAUCAACAUCAGAUCCCAGCCCACCAGAAAGAGGGGGUUUUUUGAUUGGUUGUUGAUGCAGAUUGAAGUCCAUUGGAUAUUUAUUCUAUACCCCCCCCCGAGGGGAUGAAUGAGAAGCUCAGAUUUGCCCCCUUCCUAUAGAGAAAUGGACAAAUGAUAACGUGUAGUGUGGUUUAAUUUAAUUAUGGGAAUUUGUAGUUUUGCUAUGAGAAAAAAUUGUCAUUUUAGUUGUUUCUUUGUUUGGUUUCAAAUCCAUUAUGAGCUGUGGUGCAGUUAUGUUUGCCAUAUGAAGCAUUAAUGGGUUGUGGUACAUUUAUAGCAGCCGGUUAAUGACAUUUUUUUCUAUUUAACCCAGCUUCAACUGAAACACAUUAUUGGUUUCCCAGAAUGAGCGCCAAUGCUCCCAAAAUGGCUGCUGGAGCACUUCCUGUUUGGGGAAAAAUAGACGAUUCAUGAAAACGAAUAUUUAAACUCAGAUUUUUUGCGUUUUAAUGAUACCUUUGGCUGGAAACAUUUGUGAUUUUUAACAAAAAAAUUUAUAAAAGACAUUUUGUAAAUA